AAAUAAUCUGAAAUAAUAGUGAGCUGUCGGACAGCAUGAACGUGAAGAAUAGAAAAAAAAUGGCAAUAAUGUGGCAGUCGAAGCAAGUUGGGGCCUAUAUAAAGAGUGGAUGUGUGUAGCUAAAUGGUUGUAUCAGAUCAAAGUAGAUUAAAUGGCGGGGAAGUUGGUUUCAGAAAUUAGCAUAAAAUCGGAUGGAGAUGUGUUCCACGAACUGUUCAGAGAGAAACCACAUCACAUAUCAGGCAUCUGUCCUGAUAAGAUCCAAACCUGCGAUUUGCAUGAGGGCGAGUGGGGCAAAGUCGGAUCCAUCAUCUGCUGGAACUACUUCCAUGAUGGGAAAGAGAGGGUGGCUAAGGAGAUCAUCGAAGCCAUAGAUGAGGAGAAGAAGUCGGUGACGUUCAAAGUGAUCCAAGGAGAUCUGAUGGAGCAGUUCAAGGUGAUGAAACUCAUAGUCCACGUCGACACCAAUGGAGAAGACAACCUCGUCACGUGGACUCUCGAGUAUGAGAAGCUCAACGAGGCUGUGCCCGAUCCUCACACACUCAUGGAAUUCUGCCUCCAUGUCACCAAAGAUAUCGAGACUCACCAUCUCACCAACUAGCCAUCUUCACCACUCCUACCAUCCUUCUUUAAUUAAUAUAUCUUUCUCUUGUAUGCAUGUUUAUCUAUGUAAUUGUGUGUGGAACUGCCUGCCCUCUUCUUUCUUGCAUUAAUCCAAUUAAUUAUGUCUAUAUUAUAUCACGGAUGCAUCAUCUUAUUUGCAUUUCUUUAUAUAAAUAUAAGAGUGGGAUAGAGUGAGAAUCA